UUAUUCUGUCACUUCACCUUCCUCUUCCUGUGGUUAUCCAACGAUCCAUUAUCAUUUUCAAAGAAUUUAUUCUGAUAUUUUAUCGUGAAUCAGGAUGGCUGUGAGGCUAUUGUCGAAAAUUAAGCUCCUGCCUGAGCUUAGAGGUGCGGCAUAUGUUAGCUCCGCAGCCGCUCCCGCUGAGCUUUCGGACUUCGAAGUACAGCAUAAAACACCUGUUAUUCGGAAACAGAAGCUGAUCCCUGUAGCUCAAUACGGUGGUCGUCAUGCAGUCACCAUGCUGCCUGGUGGUGGGAUCGGGCCCGAGUGUAUGGGUUACGUCAGAGAUAUUUUCAAAUACAUUGGUGCACCGGUUGACUUUGAACUAGUUGAUAUUGACGCUAACAUAGACAAUGAUGAUGACGUCCAGUAUGCCAUCACAACCAUUAAAAGAAAUGGUGUAGGACUCAAGGGCAACAUCGAAACUAAAAGCGAAGCGGCCUACGUUACAUCACGUAACGUUGCGCUCCGAAACGAGUUGGACAUGUACGCGUACGUGCUGAACUGCAAGUCCUACCCGGGAGUCUCCACUAGGCACAAGGAUAUCGAUGUCGUUAUUAUAAGACAAAACACAGAAGGAGAGUACGCCAUGUUAGAACACGAGUCGGUCCGAGGAGUCAUCGAGUCCAUGAAAGUAGUGACGGCCAGCAACUCGGAGCGCGUCGCGAGAUUCGCCUUCGAGUUUGCCAAGAGAAAUGGCAGGAAGAAGGUAACGACAGUUCACAAGGCGAACAUCAUGAAGCUCUCCGACGGCCUGUUCCUGGAAACGUCCCGUCGGCUCGCGCAGGAGUACCCAGAGAUUGAACACAACGAUAUGAUUAUCGACAAUUGUUGUAUGCAACUUGUUGCAAGACCUCAUCAGUUCGACGUGAUGCUCAUGACAAACUUGUAUGGUUCGAUCGUAUCGAACGUAGUGUGUGGCCUGCUCGGUGGCGCCGGCCUGCUCUCCGGCAGGAACUAUGGUGACCACUAUGCUGUGUUCGAGCCUGGCACCAGAAACACUGGCACAGCGAUAGCUGGCAAGAAUGUCGCGAACCCAAUAGCUAUGAUUAACGCUUCCAUCGAUAUGCUAGAACACCUCGGUCACCACUUCCAUGCUGACCUGAUAAGACGAGCUGUUAAUAAGACAAUCAACGUUGACAAGGUGCUCACGUCGGACGUGGGUGGUACAGCCUCAUCGACGGAAGUGGUCAACAACAUUAUGGGUAAUAUUGGACGUUGCUAAAUAUUUAAUUGGUAAUUGUCAUGAUAAUUUAUAUUACAUUUGGAUUUUAAGUUUUAUAAGGAAAUGCCCAACGGCUUAACUCUUCGUUCAAUGCAUAAAUCAAAUUGGAUUAUAUUCAAUAAGAUUUUUUACAAAAAAAGUAAAUGUUUUAAGAUUUCUGAACUGUAAUAUAUAUAUAUAUAUAUAUAUAUAUAUAUAUAUAUAUAUAUAUAUAUAUAUAUACAAAAAAGGAUUUAUUAUCAUGAUAAUUAUUAUUAUUUAAUUGGCUGCCCCUGUUUUCUAAAUACCCCGUAGCUAGUAUCUAGUAUCUAUCGCAGAAAUCAGUUAUUAUUGAUAAAAAUAAAUUGAGAAGGAACUAAUUGUUACAUUUCUUUUUAAAAUUUUAAUUUAUAAAUGUAAAUUUGAUUUCAAAGAAUGGAUUUAUAAAAAAACAAACAAUAUGUCAAUUAUGAUUUUAAAAAUGGAACCAAUUUAAUGUAAAAACAGAUGCACAAUUAAUUUUAAUAACAGUUUCCUGAUGAUUAAGUAAUUUAUAUAAAACCUUAUUUGUUUACAAAUAAAUGGUAUUAUCUGUAGUAAUUAUUUGUUGUUGCCAGUACAUUGUUGCUAUUUUAAUUUAUCUGUAGUUAUAUAAUAUAUAAGGUAUAUUCAGAUAUGAGUGACAUUCGCUAAUACCAUAGCGAUUGUUUGAGCGAUAUUUCGCUAAAUAUUGUAUUUACAACUAACUCAAAUUUACAACUAUGGGACGUUUAUGAGAGAGACUCAAGGUCGAUUUUGACCCCAUAGGCUAUUGUGUUCAAGGCCUAGCACUAAUUUGCCUAGCUAUUCAGGGAAACCUGGAUUAAAAUUACAUAAAGAAUUGUCAAAUGGUCAUUUUAUUGAGUCCAACUACAAACUUAUGGGAUAUAACAUUUUGAAUCACAUAAUUAUAAAAAAAAACAUUUGUCAACACUGGCAAUUAAAUGUGAAUACAGAUAAGUGUAUUUAUUUUUAUGAUGUAAUUAUUGUUGCCAGUAUCAUAUGAUUAAAUAUAUGAACGCAGUCAUAUUGAUUAGUGAUAUGUUAACCGCUUACAUCUGAAUCGUAUCCGAGCGGCUGUCGAUUAAUAUCGCUUAUCUGAACCUACCUUUAUAUUGACAUAUUUACACUUCACGAAGACUUUAAUUUUUGCUAAAUCAUAUUGAAAAAUGGUCUUACAAGUGUAAAUAAAUGAAUUUAUAGUAUUAUUUUAAAUUUCAACCAAAUAACUAGUUUUUUUUUAAAUCUGUAAUAAUGUUAUAGUCGCCAACUGUAGUCUGUCCGAUUAGUAUUUAUUAUCUGUCAUUGUUGAUAGUUUUCGUUAUUUAACCAUAGAUUAUAUAAAAGCUUUUUAAAGUCGACAAGUAAUUGCAGUAGAAUUGAAAUUGAGAUUUAGUUUUUUUUUACUAAAUUGUAUAUUUAAUGAAUCGGACUCUUUCUAGCGCCGUUUAAAUCAUUAAUGUACUUCAUUAUACAAUAUGUAUUAAAAUUAGACGAAUUUUGUAUAUAUUAUCUGUAAUUUUAAGUGUGAUUUUUUUUCUGUGCAAAAAUAUAUCGUAACCAAGUUACCCGAGUAUUCUGUUUAAUAUUUAUUUUAGUUUGUAAACAAAUAAAUACGAAAAAUUUAGACGGUCGUUUUAUUAUUGUUGUCGUAUUUUCGUAUUAUUUCAAUAGAUUUUUAUAUAAAUUCGAUAAGUGUGUAUUUGCCAUAAUUAAGUAAAACAUUGGGCGUCUUUCGUGGACUAUUGCGUCGCUAUCGCUAAGCUUAGAGUAUAUAAAUGCACGCGUUCUUUUUACAAGCUUUUUUUUAAUUUCACUUGUUAAUAUGUGUGGCUCAUGCCUAACUAAAUUUUAAGCUAGAUCCAGACAAGCGAUUGGACGUAACCUUGCAAAAACCUUUGUUACUUUUAAUAUCUUUUACAUAUAUAUUUAAAAAUCUAUUGAAAUAAACGAAAAGCUAUAAGCGAGUUAUAACCGCUUCUGUAGUUAUAAUUUUUUUUUGUUCUUGUUACUAUUGUUUUUAAUUGUAAGACUUGAUAAAAUAGUCGAUUGUAAAUAGAUAUAAUAAAUAGUGUGAUGGUAAGUGUUCACCUCUUAAGUUAUAUUGGCAAUAUGCUACCAAAUGACUGCCUCGUUGAUACAGUGGCUAGAUAUGCCGCAGACCCAGGUUAAGCUGAUAAAAAGUUACUGGACUUUAUGUCAAAAAAUCUCAGUAGCAGCCCGGAGUCUAGAAGUUGGAAUUGUGUACACUCCCGUGCCUCGGAAAGCACGUAAAGCCGUUGGAUCUGCGCCUGAACUCUUUCCGGUCGUGUCGGAUUAUCGUCCCAUCGGAUUAUGAGAGUGAGAGAAUAGAGAGUGCACCUGUGUUUGUGCACACACUUGUGUCCUAUAAUAAGUUUCGCUCAGUUGGCUAAUCUCUCUUAAGAUCAAUAAGAAAGUGUAUUAUGUGUUCCAGGAGCCGUUUAGUAAAGGACCGUUUGAAACUGCGAUAUACGGCAGUGUAGCGUCAGAAGAACAAUGAUAAAAAAUUAUAUAUUUUUUUGAAACUUGUAUUUGCUAUUCGUUGAUGUUCAUACAGGACUUUAUAACCUCUAUUACACUUCUGAAUAGGGUCAGUAUUUUUUUGUGGGAUUGGUAUGCGUUUUUAGAACAGGAUCCUAAAUAACGCUUAAAAAUUUUCAACUGGAAUAAAAAAAAAAGUCCUAUGUCAACCACAUGAAAUUAAAUAAAAUUUUUACUAGAUUAAGACUUAGCAGCUUUGUGCAAACCCGUAUGGGUAGGUGACAAGUAGCAAUAAUUAUUAUUAUUGUGUUACAAGUUCAAGUAUGAGUGAGCCAGUGUAACUACGUACACAAGGGACAUAACAUCUUAGUUACCAACGCGGCGCAUUUGCGACUUAAAGAAAGGUUAUUGUUUCUUACAGUGCCAAUAUCUAUAUGGCGGUGGUGACCACUUACCAUCAGGUGGCAAUUAUACCUACCUACUUCAAACACACUCGCUUACAAGUAAUUCUGUUAAAUAAUGCAAUGGCUUUUCCGAUGCAAAGCUACAUCUUUUUGGCCCUUUCAUGUAUUUAGUUUUGAUGUGUGAAGAGUUCGAGCGUUAGAUGACGUCAGCGUAAGUUUUCGAGCGUCAGAUGACGUCAGUGUAAGAUGUGUGAUGUGCGUGAGAUCGGUACACAAGGUCGCGUGUUUACACAUAAAUUUUCGUGUACCUUAUCACUCCUACCAUUUUAUUUAUUUCUGUAGAUAAAGUAAACCCCAGCUUAUUAAGAUCAAAUUAAACACGAUUUUUCCCAAUUUAAAGAUGGUGAUAUAAAUUGUUAAGUUAAACUAGUAAUAGUUUUAAUUAAAGUACUUUUUUUCUAUUUCCAGCCAACAUUAUACCCGUCGCUAAAGAAAGGGAAGCUAUCGUAUUAUAAGCUAUAAAUUUUGAAUUUUUAAAAAAAUUUAUCUGUUUUUGUUAAAUGUAUGGAAAAUAUUUAAAUUAUUUUAAUUUACUUUAGUUUUAAUGAAAGUUGGUGGUUAAUAUACCAUAUAUUAACAACUUCUUAGAAAAUUAAUAUAAUUAUAUAUAGACAAUUUGGUAAAAAAGAAAAAAGAAAAAUAGUACAUGUAGUAUAUCCGUUGUCUGGUUUCCAUAGUACAAUCUCUGCUUAUUUUGGGAUCAGAUGGCCGUGUGUGAAAAUUGUCCCAGGAUUUUAUUAUUAUUAUAUAAAUCUUUAUAGAGCUAUUCUGGAUGGAGAAAUUCGUAACUCACCGCAGAAUAUCGUGAAAUGUCAGGUAUACGACAUCCUGUUAUAAUAAUAAUAAUUUAAGUUAUCCCUGUUAAAAGGGAAAUAUAAAAAAUAGAUUUAAAAAAAAUAUAUUUUAUUUAUUUCUUAACUUUUUGUUAACAAAUUGACAUUUCACAUUUAAAUAUCAAUUAUAAACGUGAAGACUGGUGCUUGCAAUAGAUAAGCUGUUCUACAAGACACCAGGCCGCCACUCCCGUUUAUAUGAACAAUGAAAGAAAAAUAAAUGUAUAAAGUAAGAAGUAAGAAAUAAUAAAAAUAAAAAAUGGAACAAAUAUGAUGUCCAUGGUUAUGUAUGCGUGCACUCAAGUAUAUGUGUGUGUGUUGAACUUUUUUUUUAUUAAUGUGUAAAUUUGUUUAUUUUUUCAAGCUUGUUGAACGACUCCACCCAUUGUCAUUUAUUAGGUUUUGCAUACACAUUGUCAGGGGUAAUGAUUAUAACAUUUAAUUAAGCGUGUCCUACACGAGUGACGUACGUAGUGUCUUUUUAAAGAAUAGUGUAGCUCUGUAUUCGGUUAUUAUAUAAUUACGUAUUUGUAGUCGUUCUUAUGUAAUAGUGUUUUAUUAUAUUAUGUAUUAAAUGUUUAUCAUUCA